AUGCUGCCUUGGGUGCACACAACUUCUUGGAUUCUCCAUCAUUACGCGUCCUCAUCUCUUGACCAAGCCUCAUUCAUCAUGGCCCCUUACAUCCACACGGGCCCCAUCGACUGUGAGCGGGACUUUGACCCCAGCAGUGUGAAGGGAAAGACUGCCAUUGUGACAGGAGGUAACCAGGUUCAGAUGCUUUCCCAAUACCACAAUCUUGCCCUCGCUUACAGACACACAGGUGCGAGUGGUCUUGGUGAAGCUUAUGUGCGAGCGCUCGUUGCUGCUGGGUCAACGCCUGGCGGCAGAGCUGCCAAUGUAGGAUCCCCCUCGGCACUCUGGCUUGAACGUAGUCCAUCACUGACCAGAAACCUUUUUGCCUCAUCAAGGACGAAAUUUGUCCCCUGCGAUGCGGGCCACUGGGAUGACCAAGUCCGACUGUUUGAAAACGCAGUCUCCCUCUCCCCAAACGGCCGCAUCGCCUACGUGGUAGCCAACGCCGGGAUUCAUCGCCCGGAUGAAGUCUUCGAGCAGCCACACCCGGACCAGGAGCCUGCCAAACCGGAUCUGACCAUCGUCGACAUCAACAUCAAGGGCCCGUUGUACACUGCCAAGUUGGCCGCCCACUAUUUCAUCCGCCAAAACGGUUCAACGCCCACCCUCGGCCAGGAGGAUACCUGCCUCAUUCUCAUCGGCUCAGGGGCGGCGUUCCUGGACUGUCCCCGAGCGCCGCAGUACAGUGCGAGCAAAUGGGCCAUGCGGGGCAUCAUGCAUUCGUUACGGAGGACCACCUACUAUUAUGGCUCCCGGGUCAACGUGAUUUCCCCUUGGUACGUCCGAACCAAGAUUCUGCCGGAGAAGACGUUUGACCAUGUCUCCAAGGUCGGGGUCCAAUUUGCCUCGGCUGAGGAUGCAGGACAGUGUCUCCUUCGGAUACUGAGUGACCCGAGCGUCAACGGUCACUCCUUCUUCGUCACCGCCAGGAAAUGGGCCUCCCGGGGAUAUGUGGAUUUGGAUUUGGAGGAUUAUCCAGGCAAUGCGCUGCUGGGAGAGGUUCAGGAAGAGCAGAUGCUGAGUGCCCCGGUUUCGGCGGGGUUGUUCAUUUAA